CUGGGCCACUGUGAAGGAGAAGUAGUGCUCCGGUUGAAGUAUGAUAUCCUGAUUUCCGUGUUUUGGUAUAAAAACUGACAAAUCCUGGCAGACGGUGACAGUGCUGCAGUUUAUUUGUCACCGAGAAGGAAAUAAAGGCAAAUCAAUAAUGAGUUCGAAAAACGCUUCUGAAAAGUCCCACCUGCUUUCUAAUCCUGAUGGAUACGAUUCGAAUGCCGAAAUACGGACACCCAGAACACCCCUUCGUGACGCUCCAUCGAUCAAUGGGGGAGACCAAGAAGAUGUUGAAGACCGAGCCAUACUAACAGAAUCAACGAAAUCGUCACGCUCAAGAGGUAGGCCGAAAUCUCGAUCAGUACUGAGUGACGAAAGUGAAAACUACGACAUAGCAAUCGAUGGAGGACAGCCUGGAACAACGAAUCUACAAACAUUAAUACAUUUGCUAAAAGGCAACAUUGGCACAGGAAUCUUAGGGCUCCCAACUGCCAUAAUGCAUUCAGGCAUACUGGUUGGACCCAUCUUAUUGCUCUUCAUUGCACUGAUGUCUGUUCAUUGCAUGCAUCUCAUUGUCAAGUGCUCUCAUGCCCUAUGUAGAAGGUUAAAUCUAGAUGCACUUGACUAUGGAGAGGUAGCAGAAGCUUCACUGAGGCCAUAUGUCAAAUCAAAGUCAAUCUAUGGAAAAUAUGUUGUCAAUUCAUUCCUUGUGGUUACACAGCUUGGGUUUUGCUCAGUAUACUUCAUGUUUGUUGCUGACAACAUAUUAAAGGUGCUUGAGAAAAAUAUUGAUGUCAGGAUCAUCAUUGCAGCUCUAGCAUUGCCAGUCAUAGUUUUGUCAUUUAUCAGAAGCCUCGAAGCACUUUCAUACCUGUCCAUGGCUGCCAAUGUGUUGUGCUUUUUGGGUCUGAUCAUCACGCUCCAAUACUUAGCUAGAUGCCUGCAAGAACCAAAAAAUUUUCCAGUAUUUGCUGGUGUCAGUAAACUGCCUCUGUUUUUUGGAACUGCCAUAUUUGCUUUUGAGGGAAUUGGAGUUGUACUUCCUUUAGAAAAUGAAAUGAGAAAUCCUGAGGAUUUUGGAUGGGUUUUGAAUUUAGGAAUGGGCAUAGUGACCACACUCUUUUUAUGCAUUGGUGUGUUUGGUUUUCUUACAUUUGGAUAUGACAUUCAAGGGAGUGUCACUUUAAAUCUUCCUGACCAUUGGCUAUAUGACACUGUAAAAAUUGGGUAUGCCUUAGCAAUGUUCCUGACUUACUUCUUGCAAUUCUAUGUGCCAAUGCAAAUCCUACUACCUGGAAUUCGAAAGAGAUGUAUUUCAAAAUACCGCAAUUUUAUAGAAUACCUGUUUCGUGCAACACUGGUUCUUAUCACCUGUGGUCUAGCUAUUGGCCUGCCCCAGUUGGAAAACUUCAUCUCAUUGUUGGGAGCAGUAAGCAGUUCAGCAUUGGCUAUUAUAUUCCCACCGCUACUUCAUAUGAUAACUUUCAAGGGUCAUGGUCUUGGCUGUUUAAGUGUGAUUAAAGACAUCUUUAUAAUUCUCAUUGGUGUUGUUGGCUUUCUAUUUGGGACAUACACUUCUACAUUGGCAAUAAUCCAAGGAUUUGAAGUGUCAGCUGCCAUUGCUACUAGAGACAUGAAUAUUGCAAAUGGAACAGGUUUCAGUAAUACUUCUAAACCGAUCAUAAAUACAUGCAAAUAUUCAUAUUAGAAGUUUUAUAUUUUGUACGAGGUUUCAGUGAUUUUGAAGUCUAGUAGGUAUUGACGUUGUAGAUAAUGAACAUGGUUGCUCAAGUGGUCAGCAAGCUAACGCUGCAUUUUGCAACCCUGGUUAGUUAAUAUCUGUAGAAUUGUAGAUAUUGAAUUAUGCCCCUUUUGGGAGAUUGUUAAUUAUUCAGAAUUGAUUAAGUUCACUUUUUAUAUUUAAGUUUUCAACUGCUUGCUAUUUAUUUCUUUAAAGUUCACUGAGUGAGAUUCAUGGUAUCCGUUUGAAUUCAAUACAAGAAUAGCCAGUAUUUAUCAUUUCCUUGAUGAUAAGUAACAUGGCCAAUAAAAAGGACAUUGUUUGAAACAGUCGACAACUUGAAUAGAGGAGGGGCUGGGGGUUUUAACACCUUGUCCAUGUUUGUUGAUUCCCAGGUGCUCUCUACAACGAAUCUUUAUUUUAUACUGAAGAUGACUCUAGAUCGAGUCGAAACAUUUAUCAUGGACUUGUCUAUUUAAUUGAAUUGUCAAUAUCAUGGAUUUGUCUAUUUAAUAGAAUUGUCAAACAUCGUCAUUUUGUCUUAUGGUCUUGUUUAUCCAAUGGAAUUUGUCAACAUCGUCAUUUACCUGAUUUGUCUACUAAUAACAAGUUGCCGACUGUUUCAAACAAAGUCUUUUUAUUGGUCGUGUAACUUAUCAUCAAGUUUAUUAACAAGCUGCUAUUUCCGAAAUCUCCAUUUAUCAUUAUCCUUCGGUAUAAAGAUUACACCGCCCCUUCUUUUUAGCCAAACACAUGCCUUUUUGUAUCACUAUACUCCCAUUUUUUAAUCAGGUCUCACCUAAAUUUUAAAUCGAAUCAAAAUGAUAAAUUUUUCUAGUGAAUUAUUUUAUUUCUCUAACCAUCGUCUUGUUAAUUUUACAAGCACGCCAUAGAAGCUCGUCAUUUUUUCCAAGACUUGACUCUAGACACCUGCUAAAAUUUCUUUCUUUGAGCAAGGUCAGUCCUUUUCGAACCAGUUAUUGAUAAUCUAGUUAAUAAUUAUGCUUGUUGAUUAAUUUUGAAGUUAAUGCUCGUUCCCCAUCGUUGUUUUUCUUGUUAUUUAUUUUGAACGGCAAGUUUCUCGAGUGCACAGUCGCCAUUAAUACCUUUUACUAGUCACUACUUAAGGCUGUUUUAACCCUUCUUUGUCUUAUACAACAGCCAUAAGAUAAUUCGUAGGUCGUUCUUGUUCUUAGAAUAGACUUUUAGUUGUCUUUGAUGCGUUAAUUUUUUCAAUACUAUCGUUUGCCCGUGUGAACUCGUUCAAAUUGUGGAAAAUGUUACCAUUUUAAUGAAAAAAAUCUACAAAUUCAGUA